AGUCGUUCAAGUGAUCCGUGGACGAAGUGUUUGGUCGGCAUGUAAGUAGGUGUGGGUCUGUAGCAGUCCGGAUCUGUAGGGUCUGCAGUGUGAUGUGAGUUGUACGGUUCUAUGGUGAAGGAAUAUCAAGUUACAUUUAUUAUUGCUUUUACGUAACUUGGGAGAAACUGAAAUGUCUGAUGUGGAGGAUGAUUUUAUGUGUGAAGAAGAGGAGGACUACGGAUUGGAAUAUUCAGAAGACAGCAACUCAGAACCAGAUGUGGAUCUAGAGAACCAAUAUUACAACUCCAAGGCUCUGAAGGAAGAUGAUCCUAAAGCAGCCCUUGCAUCCUUCCAGAAAGUGCUUGAUUUGGAAGGAGGAGAGAAGGGUGAAUGGGGUUUCAAAGCAUUGAAACAAAUGAUAAAAAUCAAUUUUAAACUGAGCAAUUACCGGGAGAUGAUGGCGCGCUACAAGCAGUUGUUGACAUACAUCAAGAGCGCGGUGACACGCAACCACAGUGAGAAAUCCAUCAACUCUAUCCUCGACUACAUUUCCACAUCGAAGAAUAUGGAGUUGCUACAAGACUUCUACGAAACAACAUUGGAGGCUCUGAAAGAUGCAAAAAACGACCGUCUGUGGUUCAAGACGAACACGAAACUUGGAAAGCUGUAUUUUGACCGUUCGGAUUUCAACAAACUGGCCAAGAUACUAAAGCAGCUACACCAGUCAUGUCAGACUGAUGAGGGCGAGGAUGAUCUGAAGAAAGGUACGCAGCUGCUGGAGAUCUACGCUCUGGAGAUUCAGAUGUACACUGCGCAGAAGAACAACAAGAAGCUCAAGACCCUGUACGAGCAGUCGUUGCACAUCAAGUCUGCAAUCCCGCAUCCUCUCAUCAUGGGUGUCAUUCGAGAGUGCGGUGGGAAGAUGCAUCUCCGGGAGGGAGAGUUUGAGAAGGCACACACUGACUUCUUUGAGGCUUUCAAGAACUACGAUGAGUCAGGCAGUCCACGCCGUACAACAUGCUUGAAGUACCUCGUGUUGGCAAACAUGCUCAUGAAAUCUGGCAUCAACCCGUUUGACUCACAGGAAGCAAAACCCUAUAAGAACGACUCAGAGAUCCUGGCUAUGACAAACCUUGUCUCAUCCUAUCAGAACAAUGACAUCAAUGAGUUUGAGACAAUUCUGAAGCAGAACCGUCGGAAUAUAAUGGAUGACCCUUUCAUACGGGAACAUAUUGAAGACCUGCUUCGUAACAUCCGCACACAAGUGCUCAUCAAGUUGAUCACCCCGUACACCAGAAUACAUAUCCCAUUCAUCUCAAAGGAGCUGAACAUAGAUGCCUGUGAAGUGGAGAGCCUUCUUGUCUCCUGCAUUCUGGACAGUACGAUACGUGGCCGUAUCGACCAGGUGAACCAGGUACUAGAGCUUGACAAACAGUCUGUGUGUGCAGCACGCUACAAUGCCCUGGACAAGUGGACAAGUCAGCUGGCAACACUUCACCUUGCAGUUGUCAACAAAAUGGCUUAAAUUUCAUGAUCUUUCCAGCAAAGUUAUGUAUUCUGUGGUUUGUUAAGAUAUUUAUGAUGUACAAAAUAAAAUUUCUCUAAGCAAAGUUUAA